CGCUGCUUGUUUGGUUUCUGUUGCUUUCUCCCCUGUGGCUGUUGAGUUGCGAAAUGGGUUGUGGACACUGCCCCGAGGACGAAACGGGGUUGUCCUUUUGGGCUUCCGAGCAUACGCACUAUAUUGCCUCCCCUGGAUGAUGCCUUCCUUGCUAAUUGACGGCCUGUAUCUGCAGACAUGUACUUGCAUUGAUUCAUCGAACCUGAGAAAGAACAAAGAACAAGAAAGACAAAAAGGAGUGUAUUUCGCAAGCAAGCAAUCAAAUUUUGCCUUGAGAUCUCGAUAUAUAUCUUAACACCAUGGCUACUGAAGAUGAUAACUUCGAUAUUGACAUCUACGGCGAUGGUGGUGGCUACAACGCCAACGACCAGGGGGACUACAAACCAGAAGAGGGAAAUAAACAGGAGGAUUCGGACCUGAUCCUUGAUGCCCCUGACCAGACGCAGAGUGGUGCUCCUUCGCAUUCUGACGGCGCUUCCGAGUCCACCGUGAAGAAUGACGGUCCAAACCCCAACGGUGAGCACGUAACACAGUCGACUACCGGCACUCCUCAGCAGCAGCAUACACCCAGCGAGACUCCUGCUCCUCAGCAGGGCGUGAAACGCAAGGAGCAUGAUGAUCGUCCGUCCGACCCGGACGCGACGCCUGCCUUGCUGGUCUCCGACCUCUACUGGUGGACUACGGAUGACGACGUCCGAGGCUGGGUGAACGAGGCUGGGUCCGAGGAUGAGCUGAAGGACGUGACCUUCAGCGAACACAAGGUGAACGGAAAGAGCAAGGGGCAAGUAUUCAUCGAGUUCACCACUCUCCAGGCGUCCACUGCGGUUAAACACAAAAUCGAGUCGUUCGGCUCGUCGGGCCGGAAAUAUGCCAUCGUGUACACCAACCCCCAACCGAACCCCUUCCGUACUCUCCCGAAAGAUGCCCCCAUGCGAAAGGACAACCAAGCUCGACAGAUGUCUCAGGGCUUCAACUCGCCCAACCAGAACGCCAACUUCGGAAUGAACAACAUGGGCGGAGGUUUCCGCGGCGGCCGGGGUGGCUACAACAACCGAGGCGGCAUGAACAACAUGGGCGGGGGCUUUGGCAACCGCAAUUUCCAGAACCCUAUGGGCGGCGGGUUUCAAAACCCGAUGGCCGGGGGCUUCCAAGGAAACGCCAUGGGGAUGCCGGGCUACGGGUUCAACAACCGGGGCGGCAUGAUGGGUGGCGGGAUGCGCGGCGGCCCUGGAGGCAUGCGCGGCCGCGGCGGUGGCGGUAUGGGCGGACCCAACAUGAUGGGGAUGCCGGCGAUGAACCCGAUGGGAGGGAUGCCGAUGAACCCCAUGGCCGGUGGGAUGGCCCCGAUGAUGGGUGGAAUGGGCGCCAACAUGGCUAUGCCAGGCGGCUUCCAAGCUCCCAAUCCCGGAUUCAACCAAGGCUUCUUCCCCAACCAAGGAGUCGGUGACGGGUCAUGGAACCCCCACGGCGCCAAGCGCAGCCGACAGGAAUGAACGCGACGUGCCCGCAUAUUUUAAUCGUUUCGGCUUUCACGCCAAUACCGUGGAGCAUCAGAACGGACCUUUUUCUACGCCACAUGUCUUAACUAUAUCUAUCACUUCUUAUUGCUAUGGGUUUGCGUUGCCUUUUACCAACUGCUUAUUCUUUA